ACUUUGCUAAUGCAAGUAAAAUGGAGUAAUUCACAGUCUCCCAUUCUUUCUUUUUCCAGAAAUCAGACCGAAUCAGUACACGAAGAUCAAUGGAGAAUGAAUGAACUCCAUUUUCUUUCCAGCACAACAAAUCUGACCUGGAAAUCCCUACCCUAAUGUCUGUCAAAUGGUGAUAGGAUAAAAUCUGUAGGAGAAGAGGCUAACGAAAAGAAUCGAAGAGAAAGAGAUGGGAAGAGAGAAUGUAAUUACUUUCGGUGAGAAGAUUAGACAGUUUCUGAUCUAAUGUUCCGGAAACUCAAAUCCAAAUCCAAAGAAACCAAGAUCCUAGGUGACCCACUUCACCAAACUCCCUAAAACUCAAAUUCAGCCCCACCCACCUCCCCAAAUCGUUGUUUUAACUCUUCCGUAUAGCUGACCGCCCUGCUAAAAGAAGAAAACCCAACACCGACAGUGACAACAAGAGGAGCAGCGUUAUGGGAGCUGAGAAGAGAUGGCUGUUCACGCUCUUCGCUGCCGCAUUGUUCUCUGUUCUCCUUCUCUUGUUGCUCACUUCUGUCUCUUCCUUCAGCUCGCCAAAGCCCUUCCCUUCUAUCGUACAGCACGGUGCGCACUAUCCGCCCGCCUUCGCCUACUACAUCUCUGGCGGCCGCGGAGACGGGGACCGGAUCCUCCGCCUCCUGCUAUCCGUCUACCACCCUCGCAACCGGUACCUCUUGCACCUCGCGGUUGAGGCCUCCGACGAGGAGAGACGCCGACUGGCCGCGUCUGUCAGGGCCGUGCCAGCGAUUCGAGCUUUCGGAAAUGUGGACUUGGUGGGCAAGCCCGAUCGUCUUACCUACAUGGGCUCCUCGAAUAUCGCUUCCACGCUUCACGCCGCGGCGAUAAUGUUGAGAAUGGAUGGUGGGUGGAAUUGGUUUAUUACUUUGAGCGCGAUGGAUUACCCUCUUCUAACUCAGGAUGACCUGUCCCACGUGUUUUCUUCCGUCAGUAGAGAGGCCAAUUUCAUUGAUUACACCAGUGACCUUGGAUGGAAAGAAGCUCAAAGGUUUCAGCCUAUUGUAGUCGAUCCAGCUUUAUACUUGGCCCGAAGGAGUCAAAUUUUUCAUGCUACAGAGAAGCGGAAAACACCAGAUGCUUUCAAAGUAUUCACAGGUUCACCAUGGAUGAUUCUGAGCAGAUCCUUUCUGGAAUUUUGUAUACUUGGUUGGGAUAACCUACCCCGAAUACUUCUCAUGUAUUUUACCAAUGUGGUUUUGUCCCAAGAAGGAUAUUUUCAUUCUGUCGUUUGCAAUUCACCAGAGUUUAUGAACACCACUGUGAACAGUGAUUUGAGAUAUAUGAUCUGGGAUAAUCCCCCAAAGAUGGAACCACUCUUUCUCAAUAGCUCUGAUUUUGAUCAAAUAGUCCAAAGUGGAGCUGCUUUUGCAAGACAGUUCCAUAAAGAUGAUCCGGUGCUGAACAUGGUCGAUGCCAAGAUUCUAAAGCGUGGGCGUUAUCAAGCUGUCCCAGGGGCAUGGUGCUCUGGGCGGAGGGGCUGGAUGAUGGAUCCUUGCUCCCAGUGGGGUGAUGUCAAUGUCUUGAAGCCUGGGCCUCAAGCAAAGAAGUUUGAAGAGUCAAUCACGAACCUUCUUGAUGACUGGAAUUCACACACAAAUCAGUGCAAAUGAAUGUGUGUUGAAGAGAGAUCUUUUGAGAUGUGAUGCAAUUCAUUUGCAUCCGAAAUUCAUGACCCGUUUGAAAGACUGGCAUGAGAUCAGAUACAUUCUUUAGACACUCGGCCUAAUUUGUUGGGAGUUCUAGUCCUCAGGCUUUACUAGUGUUUAUAACAGGACAUGGUUGAAGGCAAGCAAGUGAAUUCACUUUAGGUUUCGGGCUGAACUGUACCUUGGGGGGCCUAGUAUUUAUCACAGAGCCACCAAAUCUUUCAAUCAAUAAGAGAAUCUCCCUCUUUGUGCUGCCAAUUGCUGCUGUAUGUUCUUCCUGUCAUAUAUAUUUUGCACCCUUUUGAAUGCUGAGUAUUUCAUUUGUUAAAUUCCAAACUAUUGUUUUCA